AUGCUACGGGAACUGGUAGCCUUUGUGGCUACUCUGUGCUUGUAUAAGGCUGUCCACGCGCAGCCCGCUCAUUGUGAGUUUGAUGUCCAAUGCCAAAACAAUUACUACUGUGUGCCCGAUGCCUUCGUAUGCCGAAGAUGUCUCGAAUGUGAACAGCUAAAACGAGAUCCACCACACGCACCUUCUUCAUGUGUUAAGUCUGUGGCCGAGUGUGGAUCGUGUAUUAAAGGGCUGGUAGAAGAUAGAAGCGACGUCAGUGCAGAAUGCGUGUCCCCAUCAGUCGACUACAGCAACACCACAACGUGGGUGGUGGUCGGCUUGGUUAUAGUAUUCGUGGUGGUUGUUAUCGUCAUCGGCGUAUAUCUUGUCCGUAACAUAGACCCAAAAAUAUCGGCGUCCACAUCGCUGCAGCGCGCAUUCAACAUCGGCACACGGGCGCCGCGCGGCGCGCCGCCGAGCGCGCCCGCCGGCCCGCCGCCGCCCUACUACGAGGCCCCGAGCGCCGCGGCCGCCAGCCCGCCGCCCGACAACCCUGCCUACCUCAUAGACUAUGAGCCCCACAGCGGUGAAGAUUCUCAUCCGUUUAUAAAGCGAGCUCCGUCGACGCGGCCGCCGGACGCGCGCGAGGCCGCCGGCAGCCAGGCCGCCUACAUGUACAACAAGCCGCACUACGUGCGCGGACCGCACUUGCCCUCUGACGGCGAGGCGGGCGCCGGACAGGCGGCGCCGCGCGACGCCGACCGCGACGCGCUCGCGCACGACGAGGACACCAUGGAGAGCACCUGGAGCCCCGACCUGAACGGCAACGCUGUAGGCGGCGGCGCGGAUGUCGCGGGGGCCGCGGGCGGCGCGGGGGGCGCGGCGGGCGGCGGCGCGGCGGCGGCGACCUGGCCGCGCUGCUGGCGGCGGCGCGCGCGCCCGCGGCGCUGCGCUCCUGGCAGGAUACCAACAAUAAUAGAAAUGGUGCGGAACCAGUCCGUCCGAGCGAUGGAGGCGUGUCGUCCGUCAUCAUCAACG